AUGUGUUUUAAGCGUUUAGCCACGCACACAGCUGUAGGAGGGGGGGCCCGUGAGUCGAUUAUGGAUGCGGAUGUUACAGAGGGGACAGUCCAAGCUCCCGAAGACGCCGAGCCAUCACAUGCUAUCAGGGCCCAAGUGAGUCGAUUAUGGGUGGAAGUCGCGGGGGCACGGCGCGCGACAAACAAUUUUGGAAACGAAGCCGAAACACCUGGGAUGCCUACAUGGCUGGCCACCGCGAUGCUAUAUUCCCAUUCUCAGUUCACAAUCAUGCCAUGUAAAGAAGCGCUGAGGCGCCAGCGGGGCAAAAGGCGAAGGUUGUGCCUAAGAGCGGCGGCAUGGGCUGGGCUGCACGGCGCCGCACCUGAGCCCAACGCCCAGCCCAAACAAUAGCCCUAAUACAAGGCUAUGCCUUGUGAGCGAGCUGCUGCGGCUCCACGACUGUCGUGAACACUUUGCCGAUCGCCGUUUGGAAUAUGCCUCGGUUUGCAGUUUGCGCAACCACACUGCCGACCUUCCAAACUUAAUAUAGAUAACUAUCAAGCUGCCACAGCCCUGCCAAGCUAGCGGCGAGGCCGUCAAGGGACAUUCUCAAUCGGAAACGGUGUUAGGCGCCUGGCCUGUCGACGGUUGUGACCGGAAGCAACCGCUUGCUGUUCAAGAGCCACAGUAGUCCCUCCCAGCAGGCGACUCGAGUAUAACUGCACAACUUUGAACUUCUUGCUGGAAAGUGGAGCCAGCUACCGUACACCGGCCGCCGUCGCUGCACGGACACUCCAGCCCGCCGGCGCAUAGCCCAGGCCCGCUGCCAUGGGCUCCUCCCAUUCCUGCAUGGUGGGCGCCGCCUCUCCCGCAGCCCAGCUCAGUCGUUCGCUCCAGGCCGGCGACGAGCACUCGCUGCUGCUUCAGCUGGCGGAGAAGCCCGCACUGCUGAGCAAGCCUACGUGCGGAGGAGGCAGCGGCGGUCUGGGUGGCUCGCUAGCCGCACAGCUGCUUCCCUGGACCGCUGCGCACCACGGCCUCACGCCACUGCACCUGGCGUGCGAAAACAAGCAAAUCAAGGCCGUGGAGCAGAUGCUGUCGUUUCUGGACAGCUCGCCGCUUGAGGUGGUGCGGGCGGCGCUGGCGCCCUACUGCCGCCGCGCGGGCCUGCCGCUUCCGGACAGCCCGGCUGAGGGCGUGAGGCUGGCGGCGGGCAUGGCCAACUGCAAGGGCCAGACGCCGCUUAUGUACGCGUGCUACGCGGGCUGCCCCGAGCUGGUUCGGCUACUGCUGGAGCGGGGUGCAGACCCCUGGGCCGGAGACCGCUGCGGCCAGCGCACCGCACUGCACUACGCAGCGAUGUCUGGCAGCGCUGGCUGCAUUGCCGCGCUCAUGGCGCACACCCCUCCGCACAUGCUGAACCGGCCACUCCCGCGACCGGGCAGCACCGGCGCCUCAGCUGGAUGCCGCUACGUGGAUGCGCGCAGCCUAUGCGGCCUGACGCCGCUUCACUACGCGGCUUACUUUGCCUGCGACCCUCCGACCACAACCAUCGGCGCCAACAGCCGCCCUGGCUCGGUCUCUGGCUCGGCCCCUGUCUCCACCACCGCAACCGCCGCCGACGCGUUGGCGGCUCUGCGGGAGCUGCUCCGGCACGAACCCUCGCUGAACGCCGUGUCUACCAGCGAGAGCUAUGACAUGGUGCUGACUUGCGCCGCCGCCUCCACGCCCCUGCACAUGGCGGCGGUGCGGGGCAACCUGGGCGCCGCGCGGGACAUCCUGCACCACUACGCCCUGCGCUCCGCCAGCACCACGGGGCACUGGGUGGCUGACCCCCGCACGCGCGCGGACGCCGCCCGCCAAUUCCCCUGGCAGGUGGCCUCUGCGUACCACCCGUCAAAGCCCAAGCUGUCGGCGCUGCUGCACCCCGGCCGCUCCGUAGAGGCAGCCCUGCUUUGGCUGGCAGAGGUGGAGGAGGAGGCCGCGGCGGAGCGCAGCCGCACGGCGCGGGAGGCGGCGCAGGAGCAGCACAUAGGAGGCCGGCGCUCAAUUCGGCGACAGAGGGAGCUGCAGGAGGAGCAGCACGCGACCGUCAUGCAACAGGUCAGUCGCAGCACUGCCGCAGCCGCAGCCGCAGCGGCAGCACGGUCCUCCGCGGCAGCAUCGGGAGGCGCCGAGGACAGCAGCGUGCACGGCCGUGUUUAUGCGCCGCUGGUGCUGGGUGGUGUGGGCGGCAUCGGGCCGGCCCCUUUGGCGGCCAUUGCGGCGGCUGCGCUGCGGUCACGGCUGUUGCACGACCUGCACCGACUGGAGAACGAGGAGUUGCCGCAGAUUAACCUGCCGCACCAGGUGCAAGUGGAGGAGGCUGUGGCGGCUGCGGAAGACGCCGAGGAGGAGGACGAGGACGCCCUGUGCGGCGUGUGCUUCGCGGAGCCCAAGCAGGUGGCGCCGACCGGCUGCGGCCACGGCCUGUGCCGCGGCUGUGCGGCGGCGCUGAGCCGCGGCCUGGCGGCGGCCAGUGGCAAGGACGGCCGCAAGCCGGUGCUGUGCCCCUUCUGUCGCCGCGGCGUCGCCGGAUUCACUGCCUACGCUGCACCGGCGGCAGCAGCAGCCGCACCGAACGAAUGGUCUGUCCGAGCCCUAGCGGCACAAUCAAGCCGUGUGACCUAGCCUGAGGUGUUGCAGUGGCUGGCUGCAGCGCCCUUCCGUCGCAAGGGCGUUGCAACAUAUGCAAGUGUCUGCAGCGAUUGAGACAGACGCACGCCGGUGAUGUAUGGAUGGCAACAAGCAAGCUGCUGUGUCCGUUUGCGUGCCAUCCCCCUGCUGGAUGUCUUAGGAGCGAGGCUGGAUGCUUAAGUGGGAGGCAAGCUGCAUUGCUGUUCAAGACGUGCUUAUCGAAGCAUGCUGCUCAACGUAUUGCUGUUGUCAGCAUCUAUCAAUGCUGUAGAUCAACUCAACGGUUGUCAAGUCCAUGAGAUAUUGUUCGGAUACUGUUUGUUGGUUGUGGGACUGUGUGUGGGUACAUUGCAGGUGCUUUGGGUAAAUUAUGCGGGCGGGAUUUGCUGGGCACCCCUAUCUAUUGACAAGCUGACAGAAUGCUCAUGUACGUGCGUGUACGGGGCCGCGCGCUGUUGUGCUGCCUUAUCCUUACAGUAGAUGGACUGCUAGCAGAUGAUAGACCAUAUCUGCAACACGGUACUACUACACACGCUCAUUGGAGAUGAGCCACGGGCUCAUGGGCGCAGCCACAUUUUGUCGGCGGCCAACCAUCCUCGCCUUAAACAUAAGUGCCUAGCAGUUGGGGUUACGUGGCUUAGAUAGGUUUACAACAUGCAGACGUUUGAAGACUUGGACUUGCUCGCCAUAUGGUAUGGAGUGCUUGGAAAGCUGCUAGGUACUUUCAAUCAGUAGUGCGUUCACUUGAGUUGCGCUUGCCGUGGAUUUGGAAAGGCCAUACGUUUACAGCGGCCAUUUCUGUGCGGGACGGCGGCUCCUUGCCAAAUAGUACGACGUCACAGGCAUGGCUGGUGGGCUGCAAGACUUGACAGGCAUGCCCAGGAAAAUAAAUCUGACUGUGCGUGAGGCCCACGCGUACGAGUUUCGGCCGAACGACAAUCACGUGAUCACGGCGGGCCCUAUUCGUUGUGCAGGGGUAUGGACCGCUGCAAGUUGCAUGGCCAAUAAAGCGAGGGCGGCGCCCAAGGCGGGGUGUCAGCCCGCGGAACGCUCCAUCAGCGAGCAGUCCAUCCAGCACAUUUCUAGGUAGUGCUUUGGGUUGGCAACCCCUGGUGCUACCUGAAGCGCCUAUACGUGUGCAGUAGUGUACGGGGUCCGUUGAUUAUUGGCAUUCUUGUAAAUGGGUUCCCCUGUUCUUACACUGUAACUGUACAAUUGU